AUGUCGCGAUCAAACCCCAAACGCCCUAAGCUAAAAAAUCGCAAAACGGCACGAUCCAGCCCUCUGCCUACUAUAAAAAAGACGGUCUUGAACUGCUCGAUUGUGCAGCACUACAUCCACACCUGCGGCAUCAUGUCCCAGGAAAUCGACGCAAAGCUCUUCCCUGUUCCAUCCCAUCUCCGCUAUGGAAAUAAGAACACAACCGUACUUAGGCCACGAGUAUGGGCUGGUGUGACACCGGCAUCGACUGAAAUCCUUCGACGAGUCCUCACUGAUAACCAUAGGAGGUGGCACGUCAUUUACGACGACAUAGGGUUUCAUAACCAUAUUCCUCAUGCUGUCCUUACGCUCUGGUGCCUCGAUGCAGAUGCUAGCCUGAUAGAGACGUCAUACAAAAUGGACAGUGCAUACCAGCGCCCCAUUUUUACUCCUCCUGGACCUAUCUCUCGCGAGAACUGGACACACCACGUUGGUGAUCAUAAGUUCUAUGCCGCCUACCUUCAGUUCUUUAAAGAAGAAUUCACGACCAAGAGUUUCGAAGAUAUUCUCCAGGAAUGCAUAUUUGAAUACAGCGCGAACUACGUUGAGAAUGCACAAAAGCAACCGGAAAUGUUGGCCCGCUUCUUGGCAUCGUUGCUUCAUCCUUUGAUACACAUUGGGUUCGGAAUCGAGUUUGGCCUUCCGGGCGUCUUUCUUGAAGCGACAGCCAUCGCUCAAGCCGCCAUCCACAAAAAUGAAGGCAGCGCCAUCCUUCCUCCAUCUUUCUUUGACGACUAUAGUCUGUCCUUGCGUUUCACGAGUGCAACCAGAAUAUAUGAGGGAAAAGAUGUCCAUGCAUUCACGAUUCUCAGUCGUGUCUUGAACGAUGAUCAGCUGGCGCCGACUCGAGUGUACGGUCAACUCGGACUUUUCCAGAGCGUUAUGGAUGCACAUAGCGCGACAAUUUCGAGUUACGUUGAUCAGUGGACGCUGGGCGAGGACCUCAACAGGAAGCUCGAAGAGCUUUUGUGGAUGCAGGCCUUGGUAUACGGUGUCGCUGGUGUCGAGAAAAACGGGCCGUACAACGCAGAUUCCUUCCAUAUGCACCUUGUCACAUCCUCACUGUCGCUCACACAUGUCUUUUCGGUUCUGAAGCGGAGCUCCCAAGUCCUGCUCUUGCGAGCAUAUCUCGCUCACUCUCCUGCAUGGUACAUCGGACGUGGUCGGCCAUCUCUCGAUAUCAAAUCGUUUUUCUCAGAUCCUGAAACCCUCCAUCCCACCGCACCAGGCCCUCACCCUACCCCAGACAAAGACGUUCAUCCGUCUCCGACUUCGCCAUAUGCCAUCACACCCAAUCCGUGGUUGCAGAUCAUGCAGUCGACGCUGGACUACCAUCUCUUCAAGUUCCAGAGGGCCUUCGCCGAGUACGCCGCCAUCUGGGGACACGUUGAGAAAGGGUAUUUCAAGGACACGGGGCUGAAGGAUGCAGAGCUUAUUGAUGGAACGUUGUUCGUUCGGACGGCUGGAUUAACUGCUGGAAGGAUGGGGUGGGUGAGGGAGGGGGAGCCUCAGUUUUCGGAGGGCACCGUUUGGGAUCGUCGUGGUUUCUUUUCGGCUGUCGAAGCGAAGCUUUAG